AUGAGUGGUCUUCAAAACAACUUCCAGCCCGUCAUGGCUGAAGACACUGCUGGAACUCAGUUCAAUGGACAGCGUCGACGAUCGGGACCCUUGAAGGAAAUUGUUGCCCAACAGGACAGCCUUUACAAGUACAUCAGUUGGGAGGAUCCAGCUCGAACCAUUGGAUCGUACUUUGCUGCCCUCGGCUUUCUGCUCGCUGUCCACCAUCUUCGCCUUACCCAACUGGCACUCAAGACCAGCGCCAUUGGUCUCGGAGUAAUGUCCCUAGCCGAGUUCGCCGGUCGCUCCUUUGGCCCCAACAAUUUCGUCUCUCGAAUGCGACCCAAGCAGUACAAGACCUUUCCCGAAUCAACCCUCAAUGCUACACUGAAGGAUAUUCACGACUUCAUCCAAUAUGCUGCUGUUAAAGCGCAGAAGGUCAUAUUUGCCGAGGACCUUGAAAAGACCUUUUCUGCCUUCGUCAUAGCUACUUCUCUAUACUUCUUGACCCAGUUCAUGACCCCUUUCGGAAUUACCAUUUUGGCCUUGACGACCGUCUACAUUAUUCCCCUCAUCAGAUCUCCACAAGGCAGAGGAAUCGCCCGCGAUGGAAUUGCACGAGCCCAGGAAAUCGGCAACGUCGCUAUUGAUCAAGCCAGCACUCUCGCGCAGGACAGCAAGGUUGCUGUUUCCAACAUGACAUCACGUGCCCAAGAUACCGCCUCGAACUUGACUUCCCGGGCUCAAGAUAGUGCUACCAGCUUCACUUCCAGCGCUCAGGAUACUGCCGGUAAUCUUCGACAGCGUGCGGUCAACAUGGUUCCUGGAGUGAUGAAGGGUAACAACCAGACUGCUAGCGAUAUCACCUCCAGCGUCCCCCAUAGUUCUUCUGAAUCUACUCAGGCUAGAGAUGUUUCUUCCAAAUACCCCAAGGAUGACAUGUCUUUCAACGAUUCCAAGGAAAUGGCCUCCAAGACUGCCCAUGACAUGUCCCACAGCUUCCAAAAAUCACCCAAACCCGAAUUCGACACUACCGACAAGUCCACCCAUGCCACAGGUGUCUCUCAAUCCGCCGUCCAAGGUUUCCCUGAGCCAUCAAGGGAUUCAUUCCCCUCUCACGGUCCCUCCGACGACUUUGGUGCCGUUACUAGCAACAAUUCACAGGCACCUAGCUCUCUCACCAGCAACGUUUCUAACAUCCCAUCUUUUACCGCGGCUGGCUCCAACGUGUCCAGCAACCAGCCUCCCGUAGGCAAGCGACCAUCUAUUGACGAUGGUGACUACUCUAUCCAGAACAGGAUGGACCAGGGCUCUGAUUACCAACGGUUUGUUCCUCGCGAGGCUCCCAACAGAGGAAACCUUGGCACUGGUGUUGAUACAUCCAUUGGUAACAUGUCCCUCGGCAAGUUGAUGGACGAGAAGAACAAGGCCGGCGAUAAGGCCCCUCCUCUGUCUGCUGGUGGUAUCAACUCUAUCAGGUAG